CUGACUGUGCUGCUGUUUACCACGCUCUACAUAACGGUUCCACUUUGCAUCCAGCUGCUGCAGGAAGACAUUUAGUGAUCUGUAAAGCAUUAAACAGAUUGCUGUAUGUUGGUUAUGUGUGUAUGCCGGAAGAAGGCCGUCCGGUUAGGGAGAACCUGUUGAAAAUAAUAACUUCAAGGAACCUUUCACAGAGGGGCAGCAGGAAAUCCAGCAAGACACCAACAGAGAUGGGGGGCAGUGGAGAGGAGAAAGAGAGUGUGCAGGGGAGGUUUCACAGGAGAUUGUCUCGUCUGGGGAGCAGAGGCUCUCUUAGAGAGCCACCCAGACCUCCACCACAGCCUGUCCAACCCUCAGCCACAUCUCCGCCCCCAGCCCCGGCCCCAGUCACGGCCACAGUUGACAGUCCCACUCCCCCAGCAGCGAAACCUCCAACCCCUACAGCCCCAGCCCCUAAACCCUUGGAGCUUCCCCCGAAACCCACUGAUAUAAGCCUGAAGCCAAGCCUCCCUCCAAGGCCUCUAACCAGGUGGUUCAGCAGCAAUGAGCAUGGCACUACAGUCCUACAGGGGUUUGAGUUGUUCCGUGGUGAUGAGACUCUCUGUGAUGUCAUCCUGGUGCCUGGGGACAGCAGUGACACCUUCCCCGUGCACAGAGUCAUUAUGGCCUCUGCCAGCGACUACUUCAAAGCCAUGUUCACUGGGGGUAUGAGAGAACAGGAUAUGAGGGAGAUUAAGCUCCAUGGGGUGAGUAAAACAGGUCUGAAGAACAUCAUAGAGUUCAUCUACACAUCCCGGCUGAGUCUGAGCAUGGCCAACCUGCACGACACUCUGGAGGCUGCCAACUUCCUGCAGGUCCUCCCCGUCCUCGGCUUCUGCAACAAGCUGCUCAGCACUGAGAUCACCAUUGAUAACUGUGUGGAGGUGGAGCGCAUCGCCGGGGACCUGCUCCUGGAGGAUGUACAGGCCCACAUUGGGAAGUUUGUAUGUCAGAACCUGUCAGCGCUGCUACAGUCUGGCCGCUACCUGAAGCUCUCUCAGCCCAGCCUGGCCAAUGCCCUGGCCAGUGACAGCCUCAAGGGCUUCUCUGAGAUGGAGCUGUACCGCAUCGCCCGCUCCUGGCUGGACCACGACCCCCCCACCCGCCGCUCCGCCGCCUACUCCCUGAUGCGGCAGGUCCGCUUCCCCCUCAUGACCCCCACUGAGCUGCUCGAGAUCUCCCAGGAGGAUGAGGGACGCGAUGACGGCCGAGCGGCCAUGAUGCGCUCGGACACGGCCUGCGUCAACCUCCUGCUAGAGGCCAGCAACUACCAGAUGAUGCCCUUCCUCCAGCCUUCCUUACAGACGGAGCGCACACGCAUCCGGUCGGACGCCAAACACCUGCUGGCGCUGGGCGGGGUGAUGAGGCAGCAGCUGGUGGUGAGCAGGGAGCUGAGACUGUAUGAUGAGGAGAUCGGCCAUUGGAGGGCGCUGAGGCCUAUGGAGGUUCCCCGCUACCAGCACGGCGUGGCCCUGCUCGGGGGCUUUCUCUAUAUCGUAGGUGGCCAGAGCACCUACGACACCAAGGGCAAGACGGCGGUGGACAGCGCCUACCUCUACGACCCGCGCUUCGACCGGUGGCUUCAGGUGGCCUCGCUCAACGAGAAGAGAACCUUCUUCCACCUGAGCACCCUGAAAGGGAAGCUGUAUGCUGUUGGGGGCCGGAACGCCUCAGGAGAGAUCGACACCGUGGAGUGCUACAACCUCAGAAGGAACGAGUGGACAUUCGUGUCGCCCAUGGUCGACCCCCACUACGGGCAUGCUGGGACAGUCCAUGGUGACCUGAUGUAUGUCUCAGGCGGAAUCACACGGGACACGUUCCAGAAGGAGCUGUUGUGUUAUGACCCAGAGACUGACGCAUGGAGUCGCCGUGCCGACAUGAUGGAACUUCGUGGCCUACACUGCAUGUGCACAGUGGGCGACCGGCUCUAUGUGAUGGGAGGGAACCACUUCCGGGGCAGCAGCGACUAUGAUGACGUACUUAACUGUGAAUUCUACAGCCCUGAGGUGGACCAGUGGACGGUGGUGGCGGCCAUGCCACGGGGCCAGAGUGAUGUAGGGGUGGCCGUGCUCCAGGGCCAGAUCUACGUGGUUGGGGGCUACUCCUGGAACAGCCGCUGCAUGGUGGACAUCGUGCAGCGCUACGACCCAGAGAAGGACGAGUGGGACCGGGUGUUCAACGUGCUGGAACCCCUGGGCGGCAUCCGGGCCUGCACCAUGACCGUGCAUCUGCCUGAGGGUGCCGUGGACGACGGCCAAAUGCAGGAGUGCCCGCUGGACACUGCCACGAACUGAAAGCUGAGAUCAAGAACAUAUAGAUUUAGCUUCUCUGUGUUUGUGAUGCUGGAAAAUGUGACUUUUUUUGUGGGAGAAGUGGACAAUGUGCAGUAGAUUUUCUCAAAUAGAUCCCACAAGGGGUUGGAACCGGUUCAGGAAACACAACAGAAAACCGGAAAAUAACAAAACAUUUAAAAGAACAGAAAUGGAACCGGGAACGAAAGUGAUCCAUAUCCAUACUGUUCCAGAACUGAACCGUUAUUUUUUAAAGGCAUGGCAACCGGUUAAUAACGUUAUUUUACUUUCCUGGCAUUUUCUUCUUGUCCCACAAAAAAAUGCAACAAAGUGUCUAUGCAAAGCCCUCACUCUGUCACUAAGAAACAUAUUCCAGUGUCUCCCUGCAAGAUAAAUCUUUGCCUGUGAUUUUGAGUGUUUAGGCUACCUGCCCCCCGUUAUUUUUUAAAGGCAUGGCAACCGGUUAAUAACGUUAUUUUACUUUCCUGGCAUUUUCUUCUUGUCCCACAAAAAAAUGCAACAAAGUGUCUAUGCAAAGCCCUCACUCUGUCACUAAGAAACAUAUUCCAGUGUCUCCCUGCAAGAUAAAUCUUUGCCUGUGAUUUUGAGUGUUUAGGCUACCUGCCCCCCCCCCCCCCCCCCCCCCCCCCCCCCUGACUUUACAAGCGUGAUUCAGAAGUCAGGGAGAGAUUGUUUUAAGUUAGAGAAGAAUGGAUUCUCUUUUUCAAUGCUAGUUGAGGAUACUAUAGACCCAGUUAUCAAGUUUCAUGUUGAAUUUAUUAACUACAAAAAUGUAAGAUGUUUUUUAUUCUGGUGUCGCUCUGCGCACACGAGUUUGUUAGCUAUCUAGCUCAAAGGACAGUCAGUUUCUCCAUACAAGCUGCUACUCAUAGGUAUAAUUCUGUGGACCUAAUUCAGAUAAUGCAUGUCAUAACAAGAUGCCCAGAUCUUCAAGCCUCCUCCUCAACCCUCUCUCCCCACCCGUAAAAUAUCAGUUGCAUCUUCUGUUAUAGGCUGCAUUUCUGUCCAUCACGCAUGUAAACAACUAGUUUGCCUGUUCUAUCCACACUGAUUGGUGAAGUAAUUUAAUGAGCUAAAUGUAAAAAAAAAAAAACUGUUGAUUUCACAGGUUAAAAAAGAAACGAAAGGAAUGAUAUAAACCAGGACUUUUGGGGGGGGUUAAAACCAGUUCAGAACUUUAUUUUUCUGGUCAGAACAGUGUAACGGAACAACAACAAAGUGGUUCUCUUCAGGACAAAAUGAUUGGGAAAUCAUUUUGGUUCAAAUCCCUAGGUCUCACUGCCUCCUUAGCUAUGUGGUUGACUGACUGUACAUGUAGUCGACUGACUAUUAGUUUCCACUCCUUGAGUCUAUUUUGUUGGAACUAUCUUUGUAUCUGAGUGACUUCUGCUAUGCUCUUUAAUAUGAAACAUUUAUGUUUUUAACUUUUGGCAUUGUAUUUUCAAACUGUAAAUGAUGGCUUAAAUUAUGUUUGAUUGAUAAAAUAGUAUAUUGUAUUGUAUAUGAAUGACUAGUGUA